GGGGAGCAUGGGAGGGGGAUGGAAGCGGCCCGGCUCCUCGGGGGUGGCGGGGCAAAGUAUGAAACACCCGACACCAGAAAUCAGAUAAGGAGCGGCAUCUCAGCAAGGACCCAGGUAAUGACUUCAUGCAGACAGACACCUUCCAAAGGAAGCAGACAGCCCUUGUCUAUGCAGCUCCUCCCUCCGCCUCUAUGAGCAAGAAGCAGCUCCAGUUAAAAGAAUGGACAAAGAUGCAGAAGCGUUGCAGGCAGCCAGAGCGGAGCUGAGCGAAGCCCGGCGGCAGUGGCAUCACAUGCAGAGCGAGAUCGAAUCCCUGCACGCUGUGGAAAAGGGUUUGGAGCGCUCGCUGCGUGCCACAGAACAGCAGUAUCACGUGCAGCUCCAGAACCUGGAGGCAGAGAUUGAGUGUUUGGAGAAAGACCUGCAGGACGUGAGGAGAGGCAUCGAGAAACAGCUGCGAGAGCACGAAAUCCUGCUGAACACCAGGAUGAAACUGGAGGAGGAGAUAGCAACGUACCGCAGCCUGCUGGAGCGAGAGGAGAACAGGUACCGCUGCUCCGUACCUGAGCAGAAGGGCAGGAAGCCCAACCUCAGCACGACCACCUUCACGCUGCCUGCAGAUGGUGUAAAGAAGCACGAAACUGAGAAGAUGGAGUUGAUGACAAAACAAGCAAUCCUAGAUGGCAAUAUUACGAAGCAAAGUGCUGAAGCUCACGGCACUAUAAAGACAGAAAAAGUGGAUGAAGUCAUUAAGCAAUGGGAAGGCUCUUUCUUCAAGGACAACCCGCGCUUAAGGAAGAAAUCUGUUUCGCUGCGCUUUGACCUGCACCUGGCAGCGGCCGAGGAAGGAUGCAGACACAGCCAGAAAACCCUGCCAGCCAUCGAGGUCAGGCUGGUCAUGAGGCGGUCGUGCAGCAUCCCCUCCAUCAAACCAUAGCACACAGCUCAGCAGGUCAGCGCCUCCUCCUGCCACUGCUAUGGACCCGCACCCGGAGCUGGUACAGCAGCCGUGUCUCUUCAACAAAGGGGAGAAGGGCAGCACCCAGAUCCCAGGAAACCCGACUUCUACCAGUUUUAUACUCUGGGUAUGGACCACAAUUCUGUCAUUCCUGUUGUUUUGUAGUACUGUUCCAAAUAGUAAAAGAAUUAAACUGCACCUUUAUACUUCGCUAAGAGAACUCGUUUCUCUCUCUGGGAAUGAGAACCACAUACUUCAUUCUCUUCUUCAAUGCCAUAUACAUUAAGUGCCCCCAGAGCCACCACUGAGAGCAAUGGGCACAUACAGAGCUGGUGGUCCUGCAUCUGUGCACAGACAGAAACCAGAAAUGGAACCCUAAUAUGUUUAAUGAGAUCACAGGACAAACUGCACACAAACAGAAACAGAGUAAGGAUGUUUGUUCACAAGGAUUUAAGGUGGUGACCCUUAAAAUCAGAACCCCCUGCAGAGAACACUGGAACUAUGGGGGCUCAAAAGGAGAAAACACACAGACAGAACCUGUGGGAUCCAAAGCAGCAGGAAAGAACCAACUGCAGUGUCAGUGAGUGUCAUAGGAAUUAAGGCACAUGUUACAGAUGGGAACCACGACGUCUCGCACCGUUCAGUUUCGCUUCUGGCCUUUAUCAACAGCAACAACAGCGCAGUGGUUCCAUUGCCCACGGUUCUCUGUCUACUGUAUAAAGCUGGCUAAUUAUCAUUAACCUUAAAACUGAUGCGGUGUUGUUAAUACCUGAGUAGUUGGCAUCCUGAAUGUAACGGCCUCUCCUGGCAUUUUCACUAUGCAGCUUUUUUCGUGUGCUAUACUCUGUAUGUUUUACAAUACUUGAAUUUAAACUAAGUUUUAAUCGCUUUGAGGCACUUUAAACAGGGAUACAAACUUACCAAAGUAAAUAGCGGUACAACAAUAAAAACAAUAAAACCUGA